AUGUGGCGUCGAACAUAUCUCCUACUAGUCGCCGUUAGGCUGUGGUUUGCUCUGUCACCGAGCUAUCUACAUCCUGACGAGAAUUUCCAGGGCCCCGAGAUCAUUGCAGGUGAAAUCUUCAGUUAUCCCGUCCGGCGCACAUGGGAAUUUACGAGCGACCACCCGAUUCGAAGCGUUUUCCCGCUAUGGCCCGUUUAUGGCUUGCCUAUGCUUCUCCUGCGGUGGCUGUGGAUUGGUAACGGGCAGGAUGGCGAAAUACCCCCUAUUGCAGUUUUUUGGACACUGCGAGUCCUCAUGUUUCUUACCAGCUUCGUGCUGGAAGAUUGGGCCCUUCACGAACUGAUCCCUUCGCCAAGAAAUAGGCGAGUCGCAGUCUUGCUGGUGGCCUCGUCCUACGUUACCUGGACCUAUCAGACUCAUACAUUUUCCAAUUCGGUCGAAACAUUGGUUCUCGCUUGGAGCUUGGUCUUGAUCCAGCGCAUAGUGGAUGUCCGGCAACGAUCAUCAAUCCUAUCCUCUGUUAUUCUUGGAAUGGUUUGUGUUUUUGGCGUCUUCAACCGCAUUACUUUUCCUGCUUUUCUCUUGAUACCCGGGCUUCGCCUACUUAAGCAUUUCUUCUAUAGACCAUUUUCCCUUAUUGCCCUGGUUCUGGCUGCUUCUUUCACCACCUUGGUCGCCAUUUCGCUGGAUACGGCUUUUUACUCCCCAGAGCCACUGACCUGGGGAAAUCUUUACAACAGCCUCUUGAAUAACCCUGUCAUCACACCAUGGAAUAAUUUCAAGUACAAUUCUGCCGUUGAAAACCUUGCUGGUCAUGGUUUACACCCUUGGUACCAGCACUUGGUUGCCAAUCUGCCAAUGCUGAUUGGGCCUGCAACACUUCUCUUUUUCUACCGCCCACAGCUCUCGUUGAGACUGGGCUCGGCUCUAUCGGGUGUCGCCGUUCUCUCCAUCUUCCCCCACCAGGAAGCCAGGUUUUUAUUACCUGCGGUACCCUUGGUUUUAUCCUCGCUCCGCCUACCUAACAACUUGAUUGCUCUCCGCGUUUGGGGUGUUACCUGGAUCAUAUUCAAUGUCUUCUUUGGCAUCCUAAUGGGCUCCUACCAUCAAGCCGGUAUUAUUCCAGGCCAGGUUUUUAUGAGCGGCCAACCCGACGCUACCAACGCUGUUUGGUGGAAGACAUAUACCCCCCCCAUUUGGCUCCUGAACGGGAAAAACGAGGUGCUUACAACCCGAGACGUCAUGGGAAUGAAAGGCGAGUCUCUCCUCGAGGAGCUGGCGACACUUGCGACUUGCGACACCCCGGCAGACAGGCGCAAUCAAGAGUAUUUAAAGGAGAAAAAUGGCACAUACCUACUUGCGCCCGCUUCCGCGACAUGGCUCGACCCAUAUCUGGAAAACAAAGGUCUAGAGGGCCUCCGAUUCCGCGAAGUUUGGCGGUACCGGCACCACCUAAACCUGGACGACCUGGACUUUGCCGAGGAUGGCGUGUGGGAGACCUUGACCAGGGUGAUAGGUCGCCGGGGGCUUGUCGCAUGGAGGAUCACAAAGAGUUGCUAA